AUGCCCCCAUUGUUUCGCGCUGUAACAAGAGGGAUACUACUUCCAACACUUGGGUUUAGUGCAGGUUUCCUAACGUUUCUGAAAGCAUGGCCCGAUGAAGCUGGAGCAAUAACUUUACAGAAGCAGCAAGGUAGUGAUAUGCAACUACUUCAGAGAGCUGAUGUGUUACAAAAAAUAACACAGUCAACUUUAUACAAACAGCUGUUGCGGGCGGAUGAUGUUGACCAUACUCGCCAAAGUGACAAAAUACCCCACGGCCACAAACCAUAUCAUGUUGGCCAAGGUAUAUUGUUUGGUAAGGAUAAGCUAGAGAUUGAUCCAUUGAUAUUUCUCAAUGAGGAGAAAGGUCAGUUGACUGUCUUUUACCAUCUGGGUAAGAAUCUCGGCAAUGAGAAGUCACAAGUACAUAAAGGUGUAAUUUCAUUAUUAAUGGAUGAGGCGUUAUGCUAUUGUGGAUUCCCCAGACUACCAAGUAAACGUGGUGUAACAGCCAAGCUGAACUUAAAAUUCAAUAGGGAAAUACCCGCCGAUUCUACUGUUAUUUUAACGGCCACAGUGAGGGAAUCAAAGGGACGCAAAUGCAUAAUAGACGGUGAAUUACAAGUAUUUUCCGAUAAAGUGCACACCUUACCCAGUUUAUGGGGAGAGAAAGAGCCAAAUGUUGAAGCAGAAUGCAUUCUUGUUGAACCCAAAUGGUUCAAGUAUUUUAGCAGAUUGAAUAUGUUUUAA